AUUGCACUCCUGAAUAUCAAGGGACAAAGACAUGAAAACAAGAACUCUAAGUACAAAACUCUAUGCCCCAUUAUUCGAAAGAGUAAGGCGGCGAUAGUAGCUUUGACUGAAACCAAACUCAAACUGGACGACGAGGAUGAAAUCAAUGCUGCGAAUCCUAAGAUCCACAUUGUAAGCAACCCAGGACUCGAUUCAGAGAACGCACAGGCAGGCAUAGCAUUCGCGUUGAACAAAGACAUUAUUAGAGACAAACAGUGGACACAUGAAAUCCUUAUCCAGGGCAGAAUGUCAAAGUUCUGCAUAAACUGGACUGAGGAACAUGAGACUACUAUAAUCCUAGUAUACGUCCCUAACGACCUCACUGAGAAAAUAGCAUUCCUUACAAAAGCAAACAGCAUCCUGGAGCAACAAAACCUCGAAUCCUCCAUAAUAAUGGGGGACUGGAACAGUGUUGAAUGCAGCAUUGACAGGUCGCCCCCUCACAGGGACGAUAGAAGGGUGGAAAGGCUCCUACAGCAAAUAAGAUUCACUACAAAUACAAUGGACGGAUGGAGAAUGAUGUACCCUACGGCGCAGCACUUCACCUAUCAUCAUAACAGUGGCAGCCUGGCUAGAAUAGACAGGAUAUACUGCACCAAAGAUAUUUUCUUAUCAUCAUACAACUGGAACACUACAGUCACUCAGACACUGAGCGACCACGACAUGAUUGAGAUGGAGAUCCUCAAAAAGAACCUCCCCUACAUUGGGCCAGGGGCCGAGAGAGUCUACACAUCGCAAUUGAACGACCCAACCAUACAAAAGCAGAUCAGG